CGAGGCUUUUGAACCAGAAAGGGAUCGUUGCAGUACAUGACGGUGUCUGUCUCUGCAGUUAGACUAGUUUGUCCAUUCAUGUCGACCACUCGGGAUUAGAUUUAGCUUGCUAACCUAGUUUAGAUAUAGCCUGAAGUAGUUGUCUGUGCUCUGUGUUUGGCUUGAAGAUAGGUUGUUUGUGUCAUCAAUUAGGAGAGAUAGACUUAAUGUCAACGCUAGUGUAAAACCAUAUUUUCUGGCUUUGACGAUUCUCAUUUCUUCGCUGAGUUAUACUUAGGAAGCUAGCUAGAGUUAGCCAGCAACUUGCUGGCUAGGAGGGGAAAUGGCAACAGUCACUGUUUCAGGAAAUAUAAGUGUAUUUCUGUUAGAUAUUGAAGGCACUACCACACCAAUCACCUUUGUAAAGGAUAUAUUGUUUCCAUACAUUAAGGAGCAUCUUGAGGAUUAUUUGUCUGAUCACUGGGAAGAGGAUGAAUGCAAGCAGGACGUGCAUCUCCUAAAGAAACAGACAGAGGAAGAUCAUCGGCAGAACCGAGCAUGUGCGGUACACACUGUCGACCAGACGGUACACACGGACGAGGAGAAGGCCAUCCGGGAGGUGGUAGAGAACGUUCUGUGGCAGAUGGCCGCUGACAGGAAGACUACUGCACUGAAACAACUUCAGGGGCACAUGUGGAGGGCCGCUUACAACACUGGGAAAAUCAAAGGCGAAGUGUACCAGGAUGUAGUUCCUGCUAUUAGAGCAUGGCGACGGCAGGGAAUGAAGGUGUACAUCUACUCUUCAGGGAGUGUGGAGGCACAGAAGCUGCUGUUUGGAUACUCUGUGGAAGGAGACCUUUUAGACCUUUUCGACGGCCAUUUUGACACAAACAUUGGUGCUAAAGCGGAGAGUAAAAGCUAUGAGAGGAUUGCAGAGCGGAUAGGCUGUGCACCUGAAGAAAUCAUGUUUCUGACUGACGUCAUAAGAGAGGCAAAGGCUGCUGAGGAGGCGGGCCUGAACGUAACGGUGGUGCUGAGGCCAGGCAACAUGGAGCUGACGGAGGAAGAGACGGCCCACUACAGCACCAUCAGCUCCUUCAGCCAGUUGGGGCUCACUGGUAGCGCUUAGCACAGAAACAUGCAUGUCCUCCUGCAGCUCUUACUUUGCUCUGGCCAACCUUUCCUUUAGAUGUCUUUCUUUUAUAGUUUUUUUUUUAUCGUUAUUUAUGGGGAGUGGAAAAAUGGUCUCAGGCACUGCUUAGUGAAAGGAUGACAAAAAAAACUGUGUUCAGUAUAAUGCUGCCACAGAAACUGCCAUAAAGAUGCCCUUGAGGUGUUCGUAAUGUGCCAGUUCUUUAGUUUCGCUUACGAAUAGAAGUGUCAGCAUAGAAGGGCCCCGUGGCGAGUGCCAAACUUAACACGUCUUAGUGAAAUUCCUUGAUUUCAACCAGUAUUUUGUUUCAAUCCCAGAGAACAGUAGUACAAAAUCAGUGUUGUGUGUAUUGUGACAGUAGAAAUCCCUCAAAUUAAUUCCCUGAGAACAGUUGGUUCUCAAUCACAAUAUUAUUUCUAUAGCCAUCCUCCUCGUUUGUUGGGCUCCACUGUAUUCUAAAUCCCUGUACACAGUAAGAUGAGGAGAUGCCCAGUCUAAUUGACUAAUACCAUAUGAGUGGAUGUUUCGUAUGUUUCUAAUGUGUGUGUGGGGGGGGGGGGGGGGGGGGCGGCAUGUCAGUCAUGUUAAAAUUUCUUUGAGUUACAGCAGUUUUUCAGCAAACAAUUUGUAGCACUGAAAUAAUUCAGACAUACCGACUACCAUCACAUCCACAAACCCAUUGAAUGAGGAUACAAUGGUCUGAACUAGGAGUCAUUGGUGCAACUGAUUUCCUGCAACAUUUUAAUAAUAUGAAAUAUUACAAAAGUUGUCAUGGGAUUUUAGCAUCAAGAACUGGUGUUCAUACCUUAUAGCUACAGUAUUAUGUUUGAUUGGAGCACUGAAUUGUCAUAACCUGAAAUUCAAAUCUUUUCUUUGUUUUUUUAAUGGAAGAUAAAGAAUGUGAGCACUUGUGGGAUGUUGAUUUGGGAAAGUAAAAGGAACAUGGAAAACAACCUGGUCUCAUGUGCUUGUCUUUUUUUUUUUUUUUUUUUUUAGUUUUUU